AUGUACUCUUUUGCGGGAAGUGAAGACAGGAGGGAGCCGCAUCCUGAAACGGGGUUCGUGUGGGUCAACGGGCUAGCGGAGGCCCAGUGUGGCGUGUACCGCUCGACGUUCAAGGCCAAGCACGGCGAAGACGCCGACCCAACCACCGAAGACUUUGAUGUUGAGGUUGCGGUGCUUGCGGGACAAGGCAAGAAGGGUGGCCGCCUAUGGAUUGCUGACGGGUUAGUCGACCCAAAGACCAUUCCAUCUCUACGCCAGAUCCGUCGUGGGCGUACGAGCGAGCAGCCUCGGGUAGAGACCCGCCCACGGGCUUCGGACCUAGCUGUGGAGAAGUUACGGGCGGAGAUGGAAGAAAGGGAACGGAGGCACCAAGAGGAGCAGAUGCAGAUGCAGCAGCAGCUUAGGGAGAACAUGCAGAUACAGCAGCAGAUGUUGCAGCAGAUGCAACAACAGCAGCAGAUGUUCCAGCAGAUGUUCAUGAACCAGGCCGUGCUGACUUCCCCACCGGGGAGUAGUGCUCCUAGCACGUCGUGUCCUCCUAUGUUCCCCAACUGAGUAAGUGGUUAACUUAAU